AAACUAAUUACCCCGAUGCGACAACUGGAUCCUACUCCCUCCAGACGACAAACGAGGAAUCGCUCUCUGCUGCUGUUUGUUAGUGUGACUACGUUUCCCAUUUACCACUCUCUCGCUGCUGCUGCUGCUGUCGCUUCGGACUCUCCGCCUCGCUUUUCCUUCCUCCGUGUAGACAUGUCGACUGUGAAAUUCUUGGCACCCUGCGUGCCUCAGCACGCUCUUGCAGAGAAAUCCCGAGCCUUCAUCAAGGGGCGCCCACUCUCCUCAGGCUCUGUGAGAAGCACCCCCAAGGCACUCAGGCUAAAAUCCUCCUCCUUCAGAGUCACAGCAAUGGCAGGAGUCUACAAGGUGAAGCUGAUCGGGCCUAACGGGGAGGAGAACGAGAUUGACGCCCCAGAGGAUCAAUACAUCCUUGACUCGGCCGAGAAUGCGGGUGUUGAGCUCCCCUACUCAUGCCGUGCUGGAGCAUGCUCGACCUGUGCAGGCCAGAUGGUGUCAGGUUGCGUGGACCAAUCAGACGGCUCAUUCCUCGACGACAAGCAGAUGGAGAAGGGCUAUGUCCUCACCUGUGUCUCAUACCCGAAGGCCGAUUGCGUGAUUCACACCCACAAGGAAGAGGAUCUCUACUAGGGCCACUAGUAUGCUUUUGCAGAAUUAGGGACUGUUAGAAGUAUCGGAAAAGUGUUCUUUGUUUGUGUGCUGUGUUUGUGUUCGGAUUGCUUAUCAAUCUAGGAACUAUAUAUUUAACAUUGGCGGUUUUUGCAUACAAUUGUAUUUGGGCGGCUCUCGUCUUUCCUUUGUCAUCUAGAGCUGAAAUGGAAGGACACGAAUUGGACCCAA